AUUUAUGUGGAUUUAUGCAGAGAAACUACAUUGUAAUCACUGCGUUAUCAAGACAGAGGAUACUGCAUGUAUGUCAGCUGUGUUGUGUAAAGUUGUAAACCAGCUCGUGUGUUUAAAUAUGCAUAAGAGAUAUCUGAUCAAGAUUUAAUCUCUGUUUGCUUCAUAAUUAUACUUUUCAUUGAAAAAUAAUGGAAUCAAGGAGGAAAGUUUCAUUGAAAUCUUUAACAGAGGAGGAUAUUCAGAAGGCGUUUGAGAAGACAAGGGGACAGUUUGACAUUCCAGGUGUCAAAUUAGUGUUAGUAACGGAAGAAUAUUAUGAAAAGACGCUAGAAUUAUGCCGGGACUAUUUUGUACCUGAUGAACCAAUCAACAAAGCGGUAGGAUUAGAAUAUAAUGACGAAAUGAGGUCGUUCUGGCUACAAUUUUUGAAAUUACAUUUGUCGUUGUUGUUUAUAGACGAAGAAAGCGGAGAACCUAUAGGAUUUAGAACAACAAACAUUUCUUGUCGAGAUGAAAAACUUGAUCUUUGUUCUAUAAAGUCAAACCCACUGCGGGAAGUUCUAAGUUUUAUAGCUCACUGUGAGAACGAGAGUCGUUUCUUUGACCAUUAUGAAACAGAUGAAGCGUUUAAUUUCCUUGGCCUUGUAGUUGCAGAGAAAUACAAGCGACGAGGCUUUGCAACAAAACUGUUUCGUGCUGCACUGGAAAUGAUUCGUAAUCUUGGUUUUGAUGAGGUGUAUGUUAAAGGGGGCGGAACUUCAAACUUCUCGAAGAAAAUUUACGAAAGAGAAGGAUUUGAGACAUUGUAUGAAAAGUUCUAUGACUCUUAUGAAGUGAAUGGAAACUUUCCCAUUCAAAACACUGGAGAACAUAAGUCAAUGAAAGUUUAUGGGUUGAAAGUUACACCGGACAAGUGUUAGACAAUAAAUGAUACACAAUUAUAUAUUUAAAGAGCGACCGAACGAUCUGCUGUAAAAUAAUGAUUGUAUGGAUAUUAUUAAUGUGCAGUCUCUGCAAUAAAACAAUACGCUUAAGUACAUUGUCUUAUAUCUGUUUUCAUUAAUAUAUCAAUAUGAAGUCCCGAUCGUUUUGUUCCUUACUUUAGUAAAUAAUUUAGACAUACUAUCGUGUAUUUUUUAUGCAUGUCUAAGAUAGCUUUGUCUUAGACAUUUACAGCUCCCUAAGUUUCAAACUCCAAACAAUUGUCUCUUAAUAAUCUCUAUUUGUAAACGCUCUAUAUAAUUUUAGGUUGUAAUACUAUACAUCUGGUUGUCCGUUCGUUAGAAUUGUCGGUCCGCUGUCUAACAUUUGAACAGAUGGACGGAAAUUUAAUCUAUUAAAUAUAAAUAUUUAAUGCAUUGAUAUAAAGGGAUCCUAGUAGAGUUUUGUGGGUUUUUUUAUGUUUUGAAGGACACUGCACAGCCGUGCGACAGAUAUGGUGGACUUUAUGCUGAUUGUAAAAUAUAUCUGUUGAAAUUAUUCUUUAAAUCUAAACACAGUGUGUAUGGAUUGAUAUUUGCUUACCAUUUUGUGCCGAUUAAAGAAACAAAACAUACCAUAUUUACCAAAGAAUUUAAAACUAUUUCAUGGGAGCAUAAAGAGUUGCAACCGCAAAAUAAGUAUUGAUCUAGUAUUCCAAUCCAUAUAUUUGAUGUUAAAUGAUACAAAUGUUUUAUUUGUAUUUUUUCUA